AUGCGCCAAAGAUCAUUCUCUCUUCGAGCAGUGGACACAGCCGUAUCGACUAAUAUACCAGUCCUAAAUCCACUUCGCUCGGCUCCAUUUGAGGCCGAGGUCUUAUCCAAUGAUCCUUUGAUAUACAAGAUUCCAAACUUGCUGAGUCCAAGAGAGUGCCAAACCUUGUUGUCACAAGUCAAAGUCUUGGGAGACGAACAACGAGAGGAAGGAAUAAUCGAUGGAGAAGAUGAGCGCAUUCUGAAACGAUCCAAUCCACCCCAAGUUUCUUUGGAGAUUUCCAAAUUGUGGCCACUACCCUUUUUGUCCAUCCUAGCGGGCAUUCCACCAUUGAUACACUACUACUACGAGCAAAAUGCAUCCCAAGCCACACCAGCAGCAUCAUUUCUUGAUAUACUAUCCCAACUACCUCCUUCUGACGUGUUGUCUUUGAUCCUUCCUCCGAUCGGUGCUGCUUUGGGCUUGAGUCUCUUGUUGGCUUUUGGUGUCAUUUUGCCAUUGGUCCAACAGCUUUCCAACCAAUCGUCUCGCACCAGUUUGGCAGUGGCACUCAACCAAGAGAGGGAUUUUUAUUUGGUCCAAGACCUGGUCCAACGAGUGUCCAAGGCAACCCAACAUGAUUGGAGUCGGUAUGAAGCGCCCGUCUUGACCUACUAUCCUCCUGGCGCUCUCUUUGCCAAGCAUGCGGAUGCAUCGCCAACGAAGGGGAGUGAAUGGAAGGAUGAAGGAGGACAACGGGUCGUUACUUGCAUUUGUUACCUGAAUACUAUGGAACCACCAGUUAUUAGUCCUGGUGGCACUGGUGGUGGUGGCGGCGAAACAAGCUUUGAUCAAUUGGGGAUUGAUGUUGCUCCGGAACAAGGCAGUGCACUCGUAUUCUUUCCGACAGUACCGGGGGAUUCCUUGGAAGCCGAUCCCUUGUUGACCCACGAGUCGUUACCAUCGGAAUCCAGCGAAAAGUAUAUUAUUCAAAUGUUUGGGCGUGUGGGGAGGGUGCCUCCUCCUCUUGGAUUGCCAGACUCGUUUGGUGCUCUCGUUAGCAGCAGUGACAACUGA